CAAUCACAUGGUUUCAAACUGCAAGAUAUACAUCGAGUUCUCUUUACUUGGUCAAUAAUAUUGGUUUAAAUGAUAUAACUGGGACUGUAGUAGCUUUUGCAGAUUUCAAUUCAGAUAAAUACACAGAUUUAAUAGUUUUAAAUGCCGAUCAGACAACUAUCAGCAUUUACCUUUGGGAUCAUGCAUCCUACAAAUUUACUAAGGCACCAUCGGCAGACAUAACAAUAACUACUGAUGGAAAUAAUGCAGGCUUUUUAAUUACAAAUGUAUUACCAGGAGAUUAUAAUUAUGAUGGUAUUUUGGAUGUUAUGAUUAUGGGUCAAGCGAGCCCGGGUGACUCUUCUGGAGAACUUUAUAUGCGUGUUUAUAUGGGAAGUGGAAAUAACACAUUCG